GGUGUGGACACUUGCACAGAUGACUACACAAAUAAUGGAGGGGAAGCUACACUAGUUUGCCUCUUACAAGUUAGAAAAAUAGUUGAAAAUCGCGUCGUAGAUUCAGGUUUCCUCCCUGGUUACAGGUUGUAGCUGGGAUGCUGUGUCAGGAUGGGAAACCUGUUUGGAAAAAAGAAACAGAGCCGAGUGACAGAACAAGACAAAGCGGUUUUGCAACUGAAACAGCAAAGAGAUAAGCUGAGGCAGUAUCAGAAGAGGAUCAACCUGCAGCUGGAGAAGGAGAGACUUUUGGCCAAACAGCUGCUAAAAAAUGGCAAAAAAGAAAAAGCACUGCUCUUGCUGAAAAAGAAGCGCUACCAGGACCAACUUCUGGACAAGACGGAGAACCAGAUAAGCAACCUGGAGCGCAUGGUUCAAGACCUGGAGUUUGCCCAGAUUGAAAGCAAAGUCAUCAACGGGCUGAAGGCUGGAAAUGAAUGUCUGAAAAAGAUGCACGAGGUGAUGUCUGUUGAAGAAGUAGAGCGGAUUAUGGAUGAAACCCAAGAUGCCAUCGAGUACCAAAGGCAAAUAGACGAGAUGCUGGCCGGCUCUUUAUCACAAGAGGAUGAAGACGCUGUUCUGGCUGAGCUGGAGGCCAUUACUCAGGGAGACGUCCAGCUUCCUGAGGUUCCCUCGGACGAGCUGCCGGAGGUCCCAGAGGCCACAGAGGAGGAACCAGAGAGGGAACGUCCUAGAAAGAAAGCGCAGCGCGAGCUGCUCGCCGCAUAGGACAGUGACUGACCUCCCUCAGCCCACCUUCUCGCCGCCGGUCGCUCCUUCUCUACAACACUCACCUACAUAAAACCGACAAACCACACAAACAUUUUGCUGGAGAACUCUCUGCUUCCGAGGUCUGUGAUGAAGUGACGGCAGAUACCGAGCUUCCUCCGUCUCGUCCUGGUCGCUGUUUGUCCUGGUGUGCUGCGGGCUGACACGUGAAGACAGUCAGGACUGGAGCAGCCUGGAGAACUGCUGAGCUGAACCAUGAAGACCUGUGAGAUUAGAUAACUGUGCCUAACCUUUGUUUGAUUAUUGCUCUUUCUCUGUAUUUACCACCUAAUCAUUUUACAUACAUUGACUUCACUUUAAUGCAUGUAUGUGCUACUCAUUGUGAUUCAUCAGAUGGUCUCUCUGGGCUGGGUUUGCAUACUUAUACUCUAUAAACGGUCAGUUCACCCAAAUGACAAAAAGUUUGUUUUGAAAAUUUUUUAAAUUACAUUUUAAAAAUCUUUCCAGCGACGUCUCUUUCCAGAAACAAUUUCCCUGUUAAUCUAAAUAAUCCACAAACCGUGCACGCGUCAACAUUUUUCAUUGGGACUACUUUUUACUGAAGAAAUCCUCUGAGAACAUUGUAAGACCUUUAAAAUCUGACUGAAUUGAAGAAGCUUUUCCGUCUGCUGCGUCCAACAACAUCUGCUCUGUAAAUAACUCCUCCAUAAAAUCAUAAACCUAAAGAGAGAAAUGUAUCUUUUUUUUGGAGAGGCGGACAGAUCUUGGGUUUAUGUUUUUCUUGUCAUUUGGGUGAACUGACCCUUUUAAAAGCUGGAAGGAUGAAAACAUAAUGUGCUCUGUGAGGUCUGGCGUUAUGUUCCCACAGCACAGCCCUCGUCCGCCUGAGCGGCCCAGCUGGAGAGCUCUGCCCUCGCACGAGUUAUGUGACCCGCCCUCAAAGUUUUUCUAAAGCGCUGAAAUAUUUGCAUAAGCAUCUGUUUCACAGAAUAUUCUCCGAGUCUGACCCCUUUUCAAGCAGCUUAACUAAUCUAAUUUUGUGCUCCCCUUGUGGAUUAGCUGAGUGUCAAUGGAGAAAGGGCUAAUCAUAUCGUCUGUGGGCUUACCUCUGCAGCCCAGACAACAGUUGUUAAUCUCUUCAAGGUAAUAAUUUGACAUAACCUGGAUCUUUACCCACAGAGUAUUAUCAGCGCAGGGGCCUGUAAUUAUUUUACUGUGCAUAUCACGCUCAGAUUCGCUUGUAUAGAUCCGUGUUAUGCUGCAGCAGGAAAGAUGGCCUACAUUCAGAAGCCUAAGCUUGUGUAUCUUUGAAGAUCCAUCGAACUAAUCUGUGAAUCAGUUAAUCUCGCAGAGAGAAAACACUGAUGACUAAUACUGUCAGGCUGCAGACGUCACUGCAUCAGAACCGCAUCGAGCUCCUCGUCUUAAAAAAAUUGCUUUGGGAAUUGUUCUUCUUCUCUGCUCAUCCUUUUUACAAUAAACAGUUUUUUUUAUUGUCAUA